AUGAACCUCUUCUUCACUGAGGCUUUUCCUGUUCACCUGGCGCCCCCUGGAGGCUGCUGGGACGCUGCAGGACACACAGGAGAGGGACACUUCUGGGAUGAAAAUAUUUUUCGUUUUUACACCAUCGUCACUACAGCACUACAUGUACCGAGUCACAGUCUGUUUGACCGCGCGCUAAAGAGACUCAGUUCCAGGUACGGCUCGUAUCGUUUCACCUUUGACCUGCGGGACGUCCUGCAGCAGUACAGCGAGCAGUUUUGUGGUGGUCAGACUCCUGUCAUGAGAAAGUGGAAAACCGUGCUGUACUCACAGGAAGUGAUGUAUGCAGUGCUGGUCCACAGCCCGGAUCAUGAGGACCAGAAGGCCUUUGAGGACCAGGAGGUCUUAAAGAACCCUAACCUUAAGAACUGUAAAAUCAGAGACGUCCCUCUGCUGGAGGAUACACCAAACAGCAUCUGUGCGUUCAGACAGGAGCCUGAGCCGCACUUCGUCUGGAGACCACAGGCCAUGUGUGAGACACACGAGUUGGAGCUGGUGGGCACUGGGGAGGAUGUGUCUGUUGAAGAUGGUCAUUGUGAGUUUUUCGUGUGGGAUCAUGUGGCUCUGGCUCUGGUCGUGGGUGAGGAGGUGCUGCGUUUCGAUGACGAUAAGCUGCGGAAUAGCCUGAGAUUCUGUGAGAGAGGUGAACGAAAAAUCAACCUCAUGAUAACAUUUGAGUCAUACCACUGUGCCAACAGCUGUGUGCAGGACCUGUGGCCAGAUUCAGGAGAUCUGGAGAGAUAUAAUAAGUCUCGUUUCCAUAUUCCUACAGGACAUUAAAUCUAUUUUCUGACCUGUGUUCAGAUGUAGUUUCCUCACAAACAGACCUGGAGUUGUGUUUGUUUCAUUCACACGUUUAACACACAAACCCUGCAGAUUUAGGCUGAGUUUCCGCUCUCUACUGGACAAAAGGUAAAAGGAGCUGUUAACUUGAAAACGACCACUUCGUGACAUCACAAGGUGGAACAGAGCGUUUUGACUUUUGGAGAUGUAGACAGACAAACACGUGUGAAGGAAACACAACUCCAGGUCUGUUUUUUGAGGAGGUAACAACAUUCCAACAUUGUUUAUAAUUCACAAGAGUCAGUUUUGUGGAAUAUGGGACCUUUAAAUAUAAUCGAUAAACUUUUA